AUGGAGGAAAACACAAAAGCACCAUCAGCUGAGGAGCUAUUAAGAAAGAUCCAGGAACUCGAAACACUCGAAUCUCACCUCAAACAAAAAAUAUCAAAACUCAUGCUCUCUGGUAACCAGAAAAAACCUGAGCACCAAUGGUCUAAUUCAGCAUAUGGUGGACCAGAUGGUGCACACAAGCUUCGAGUCAUGGAGCCUUUAGCAAGGAAGCUAACAGAAACUCAGUUUUUAAAUAUAAUCCAGUCAAUGGGUCUGGCUGUACAUAUAUAUGGUCUUGACCUUCGAAUAAUCUUCUGGAACCGAGCUGCAGAAAAGCUUUACGGAUAUACAUCGGCUGAAGCUUAUGGGAAAACUCCCACAGAGCUUUUAGUCGACCCUAAAGAUGGUUCAUUAUCUGAUUAUCUCCUUGAACGAACGAUAAAUGGAGAGAGUUGGUCUGGGGAGUUUCCUAUAAGGAAUAAGAAAGGAGAAAGAUUUGUAGUUAUGGGUUCGAAUUCACCAUUUCGGAAUGAAAUCGGAGGAUUAGUUGGGGCUAUGUGUGUUUCGAGUGCUUCAAGUCCAUAUCAUGUAAGGAAGCAUGCUAGACUUGGCUUUGAUUCACAACAACCUCUACAGACAUCAAUUUCCUCGAAGAUAUCGAAUUUGGUCAGUAUUUCCUAUUAUUAA